GAGACAUGUCGAACUUGUGUGUGUGUGUAUAAGUGUGUGUGGUUCUCUCAGUUUUCGUUUAAGUUUAUGCAAAAUGGACAUCAAACCCUACGCAAAUCAAAGUAGACAAAGUGAUGGACCUUCUUCUGUGACAGCAGAACUCUACUUCUUGAUCGCCCGAUUACUCAGCCAUGGGCCUUGCCAAAAUGCUUCUGAGGCGCUGCAACGGGAGUUGGAGAUGCAUGGGUUGUUACCGAAAAGGAUCGAUUGGCUCGGGAAUGAACACGAUCAAACUUAUGCCCAAGUGUGCCAAAGUUUCUCACAUGUUGGUCCCAACCACUUGUUGGAAUUGUGUAGGCGAUUAGGUCCCUUGGUAGACAAAGAAGUGCCGACCAAUGUCCAAGGUGUUCACUCAUUAUUGGGCGCCGGACGACAGUCAAUCCUCCGUCGCAAAGAGGAUAUCAUCAGGAAGCUCCAUCGCGAGCAUUAUGUUGUUCGUCAGAACAAAAGACCACGGUUGUUUCCGCAUGACAUCGCCCACCCACCUAAUAAUGUGCCCUUGUUGUUGGGUCGUGAGUUUACGGGAGCUAUUGACACACAGAGUGCAACACCCGCUAAACUUUAUAGCCGUGUUCAACUGUUUUGCCGCACUCUCGGCCACCUUUCAGCUGUCUAUUGCGUCCUUUUUGAUCGGACCGGCCAAUAUAUUUUUACGGGAGCUGAUGAUUUAUUGAUCAAAAUAUGGAGUGUUGUUACGGGUCGCUUGUUAGCUACUUUACGCGGUGCCUCAGCUGAGAUUGCCGAUCUCGCUGUCAGUUGCGACAACACGCUACUGGCUGCCGGAUCGUGUGACAAAAUUGUCCGCGUGUGGUGCCUUCGCACUACUGCACCUAUUGCAGUGUUGACUGGUCAUGGAGGUACAAUCACUUCCAUCAACUUUUGUCCCGCCGAUAGAGGUUCCGUCCGUUACCUGGCUUCGACUAGUUCCGACGGCUCCGUCUCCUUCUGGGAAUAUGUCACAGAACCGGGCCAGACACCGAAAUUCUUUCCACGACCACACAAGUUCAAUGAGAAGAUUCGACCAGGUCAGGCUCAGAUGUUGUGCGCUUCUUUUAGCCCUGGUGGAUCGUUCAUGGCUACAGGUUGUGCAGAUCACCACGUCAGGGUGUACGCAAUGUUUGGACAAGAAGGUCCGGAGCGUAUUCUUGAGCAGGAAGCUCAUUCGGAUCGAGUAGAUUCCAUCCAGUGGGCCAACACAGGUCUGCGCUUCAUUUCAGGAAGCAAGGAUGGCUCAGCUUUGAUCUGGCGUUACGAGAAACAAGAGUGGCGAACCGUCCGGUUACGGAUGAGCUGCCGGCUUGAAGGAGCCAGCACUGCAACAGCCGAAGAACUGAGCCAGAAACUUAAAGUGACAAUGGUUACGUGGAGCCGCGAUGAUCGUUACCUCAUUACAGCCGUCAGUGACUUUUCCAUCAAAAUUUGGGAUUCCUCUACUGGAAUUUUGCAUAAAGAGCUGAGAGGACACGAAGGCGAGGCGUUUGUUUUGGAACCUCAUCCGUUCGAUCCCAAUGUGCUAUUGAGUGCCGGGCAUGAUGGUCGCUUAUUGAUUUGGGAUAUGGCUAAAGGCGAAGUGAUGAAAUCAUUCUUGAACUUCAUCGAUGGGCAAGGACAUGGGGCAGUUUUUGACGCCAAAUGGAAUCCGUCUGGUUCAACUAUUGCAGCCACAGACUCGCAUGGUCAUUUAUCAAUCUACGGCAUCGGGCCCAGUGAAUCCUUCAAAAAAUUGCCUAAAGCCAUCUUCUUCCACACGGAUUACCGACCAUUGAUUCGCGAUGCCCAUCACCAUGUACUGGAUGAGCAAACGCAAUUGGCGCCCCACCUGAUGCCUCCUCCUUUCCUGGUUGAUAGCGAAGGCAAUCCUUAUCCUCCCAACAUGCAAAGGUUGGUGCCUGGCCGUGAAAAUCUCAAGGAUGAUCAGCUGGUCCCUACUGUGGUGGUCAAUGCAAACGGGGAGCAAGAAAUUUUAGCUGGUGUGGAAGUUCUUCCACCUCCUGGUGAUGAGGUCCCUAACAAUCCGCCAGCUGUCGUUACACCGCCACAGCCCACUCCUCAGCGCACUCGUUCCAAUAUCGAUCAAAUGAUUGCCGAGCUGGCCCAGCAACAAGAGAGACAAAGAAACCGACCUCGCUCAUCCACCACGGCUGCAGUGGCUGCAGCUGCCGUCCCUUCCACUUCCACCGCUCCGCCAAACAGCGAUCACUCUUACACAUCUCGUACACCUCAUACCGCCCACAGCCGCCCAUUACUGGUCGCAUCAGGCAGUGGCAACUCUCCUAGAGCCUCCGUUACACCUGAACCAGAGCCGGGUGAGGCCGCCGACGAAGCUCCUGAAGAUGAUGACUCUGUCAACCUCUCGACUGAAGCUACUGCAUCGGAAUCCUUGCCUGGUUUCAGCCGACGCGUCAUUGUUAAACCGCUUACUAUCGGACAACUGAUCAGCAUUAAAAACGAAAGGCAAGGAUGUGCGGAUGAGGAAGUGACUCUAUUCUACCAGGAAGUCCAACGCAAGUCGCCCACCAUCUUCCUAAACACAUCGGUCUCUCCGGGUAUCACCGCCUUGUUGGCAGCUCGUUCCCGUGGUGUCAGUGAUGACGGCUGGUCGCCUUCCCGCCCUCGACGCGCUCAUUCCUCGCGCCCACCUCGAACUUAUCAACGAGAACGCAAUGUGGUCUCCUCGCCUGCCCGUUCACGAAUGCCGCCUGUUUCACCUGCAAGGCGGACUUCUGCUGCUGUUAUGGCUCCGCCUCAACCGAACAACCAGCACAACUACAGGACCAGAGCUAAUCGAACAACCAACGGAACCAGAGAACGUGUCAGAGAAGGUGCCAGUGACGGAACUAGGGAAAGAAGCCGGCGCGUCGUACGAAGAGUUGUGUCGACUGAUGAAGACGAACAGGUGGACGUCGAAGUUGAAGAGAGAAGAAGCAGCCGUCGCACUUCACCAAGGGAUAAUGACACCGGGGACGAGGAAGAAACUCGUCAGACCCGUAGCAAUGCUCGACGUCAGCAACCACGUGACGGCGAUGCAUUGUCCACGAGUGAUUCGGAUGACAGCGAAAGUGAAAGUGAUCUGGCAAGUGAUUUGCUAGAUUCCGACGAAUCCGAUUCAGAAACUCGAGGAUCAUCAUCUUCGUCGUCUUCCGAAUAUUCCGAUUGGACGGCCGAAGCAGGAGUGAAUUUGGAGCCACCUAAGCGGACCAGAAAGAAAGUCUAUCGUAGACCUCGUUGUCUGUCGAGCGAGGAAGAGACGGCUGCUCCAUCAACUUCCGCUCAGCCGGCCAAUGAAGCAGAAGAAGGUGAAGGAAGUCAACCUGGACCGAAGAAGAGACGUGGUCCAAUUCCUAAAGCCGGUUCUGGUGGUUUAGAUCGCAUUCCCGAGAGCUUUCGCCCAUCUGAGUGGUUAUCUUCUGUCGUUCCUCGCAGACAACCUUUUUAUCCCCAAAUGGGUGAUGAAGUUAUUUACUUUAGACAAGGUCACGAACAGUACGUGGAUGCCAUCAAUCAGAAGAAACUCUUUGAACUCAAUCCUCGUUCACUUCCCUGGUCCAGUCAGACUAUUCGUGAACAAGAGUUGGUUAAGAUCAUUGGUAUCAAGUACGAAAUCAAACCCCCAAGGCUUUGUUGUUUGAAGCUUGGAUUAAUGGAUCCGGCUACCGGGGUUCUAACUGGCGAAUCGUUCAUUCUGAAGUAUCAUGACGUCGCAGACGUUCUAGAUUUCUUGGUUCUUAAGCAGAACUACGAUUUGGCUAUCCAGCGUAACUGGCAACCAGGGGAUCGCUUCCGCAGUAUCAUUGAUGACUUGUGGUGGGAAGGCCAGUUGGAGACGCGCGAACCUUACCAAGCUCAAUGUCCUGAAUCCAUGUUUCUCUGUUACCGCAUCAGGUGGGACAACGAUGAAGUUGAUCGCGUAAGUCCAUGGGAUUUGGAAAAAAUUGAUCUGGAGAGGAGACCUACGGGCCCAGGAACGGGUGUUCCAGUAAUUCCCUCCGAGAUUGCCAUGACGUUGUACCAACCACGGGCUGAAGAUUGGCCUCCAGGAGGUGAUCGGGAUUCGGAAUGCGAUCGCAUCUCUGCCGGACUUAGCCAAGUUAUGGGUCUGGCAAUAGCUGAACCUUUUGUUGCACCCGUCGACCUCAACUUGUAUCCAUCUUAUGCUUACGUGGUUGAAUAUCCUAUGGAUCUUUCCACAAUCAAAGCAAGGCUGGAAAACCGUUUCUAUCGACGUGUGACUGCCGUCCAAUACGAUGUGCGUUACGUCUACACCAACGCCUGCAAAUUCAACGAGCCAAAAUCGGAUAUUGUUCGUUCGGCUUCCAUCAUAUCCGACUUGUGUUUGGAGAUCAUCCGCAACCGCGAUUCUGUUGAUGCUACAGCCUUGUAUCAUCAACUGGUGGAAAAGUACAAGAUUCGAGAUGAAGGAGCGGAUGAGAAUGCUGCGGGUGCAGGUCCCAGUAAGAGUGGUGGUAGUACCAAGCGGAAUGGUUCGGCUCCCAAUACUCCCAAUACUCGUUCCAGGAGUCGUCGUAAUUCGCAACACACAGACUCCGAGUCUGAAGACACGUCUUCCAAAACUAAAAGCAGAAAUGGAACAGAAAAUGGGAAAUCAAAGGAGAAGAGAAUCAACACUCGUAUUGCCAAAGCUGCUGCUCUUAGCUGGAAACAGCAAUGUAAAGACUUGAUCGAAACAUUGUGUCAGUCGGAAGAUGCUGGACCAUUUCGCGAGCCUGUCAGUAUCCUCGAUGUACCGGAUUACCUUCAAGUUAUCGAUCAUCCGAUGGAUUUGGGGACGGUGCGUGAACAGCUGCAGGUCAGCAACUACGCCACACCGAUGGAUUUUGCCAAGGACGUCCGUCUCAUCUUUGAAAAUUCAAAAAAAUACAACACCCUCAAGAAGUCGCGCAUUUUUGCAAUGACUGUUCGACUAUCGGCCUCUUUUGAAGAGCACAUUCGCGGCAUCCUUGCUUCUUAUAAACACCGUAAAAGCUCGGAUAGAUCAUCCAAGAGUCCACAUUCACAUUCAAAAAGCGCCAAGUCCUCCAAGAAGGGCAAAUCUUUAGCUCCCUCGCGAUCGACAAGGAGCAUUAAAGUAGCAAGUGAGGUUGAACUACCCAGAGAGAACAUCAAAAUUGUUCUUAGUCGUGUAAAUAAAGGACAGAUCGUCGUCCAACCAAGUACAUCGUCCCAACCGGGUGACUCGGGAGUUAGCGGAGCUCGUAGACGUAUCCUUGAAGAAGAUGAACCCAGCGCUUCCAGUACCUCGGCUAUCCCCAACGGGAACUCUGUCGUCAGUGAAGAUAUCGAAGCGAAACCAGGUCCCAGUGGUCUGUCUGCUUCCACUUCAUUACCAGCAACAAACGGUUUAGGAAAGCGUGGUCUGAAACGAAGGAUCGUCAGUGAUGAUGAUUACGAAGAAGAUGAAGAUGAAGAUGGUCACGAUGUAUCGUUGAAUGUUCCCGGAGUAGACGAAGAAAGUCUUGAACCUCCGGAUCUAACCAAAUCUCAAGAAGAUCUGACUAAAGGAAAAGCGCUAAAAAGGAGAGACGCUGCUCCACCCGUUCUGAAAGCUAUUAAAGAAGAAAGCAGCUCGGAGGAUGAAAAACCAAUUAGCCAAAGGAGACGAAUGCCAAUGGCGAAGGUUUCGGUAACGAUGAUUAAAGAAGAGGAUGCACGGCCGUCGAGUAGUUCGUCAAACAACAGCUCGAUCAGCAAAAACAAUAGUUCAAAUAGCGGUAGUCUAUGCGAAGAUGGCAGCUCUUUACGGCGUUCUGGUCGUGCCCGGCGUAAACCUAAAAGGCCUUUGGAUUCAGAGCCCAGUGAAAAUGAAGAUCGAGCCCCUGCACUAGCUGACGGUAGAAAAAAUCCUCGAGGAGCCGUUCGCACUCGUAAUGGUGGCAAGCGAACUGUCCGCUACCGUGAAGACUCUGAGGACGAAGCCAAAAAGCGAAACAGUCGCCAAUCAGUUGAAACCAAAGGAGGUAGUAGUAGCCGAUUGGCGAGAAAAACCAAUAGCGACGAUGAUCACGACGACGACGACGAUGAUCAUGAAAACGAGGAUCCUAGUGUCAAGCAGCAACAGAAUGGAAGUGUCAAAAGAUGUAGUCGACAGUCAGCUCAAGAAGCCACUAAGAGGUUACGCACGGAUUUUGCUUCGUCGUCUGAAGAUGAGGAUGUACCUUCCAUGCCCACCUACGCCAUGAGCAGUCGAGGAAGGCUUCGCAAAAUCAUCAAUCAUUCCCACCAGGAUUCCUAUUCUGAAUGAACAACCUCCUCUUAAAAAAAACCAAAUGGAUAUAUUUACUACACCACUCGAGGCAUCUCAAUUCGACUAUAACACUACGACUAUACCUUGUUGACGUGUGUCACACUGGGUUGAGUAGUGUGACGUGUUUUAAUUAAUGAAGUGUAUUUCCUUGCCGCCGCCUAUACCUCACCUUCCACUAGACAUAACUUCCAUUUUCUUUCAACCCGCACCCUUUCCCUCCCUCGCAACCACUUUCAACGUCAAUUUAAUUCAUAUUUCAUAGACAGAUGAUUUGUCAUGACUGUAAAAUGAUCUCUUAAAUUUCUCUCCUCUUACCAGAAAAGCAUGGGCACCUCCUUCUAUCUCCCCGAGUGGCCUAAUCACACAUUGAAUAUAGUUCACGGAUUUAUUAAUUUGCACAUGCCCCUCCUUAUGUUUUGAUUAUUUCUUUGUUUCUUUAACGAUUCAUUCUGCCUAAUUCUUAUAGGAUAAUUCCCAAUUUUUUUUUUGGUCUGCCACAUCGUAUUUUUUGUGUGGAAGCAGUGCCUUUUGCAGUGACGAUUAACACUCAUGUUUGUCCACUUGUCAAAUGGGUUCCGUUUGAAAUAAAAAUUCGUGUCUUCUAACUAU